AUGCCCGUGGGUGCUGGGAGUCGCUGGGCCGUGGCUGCGGUGCCUUUUUCAGGGGACGAUGUCUUUGCUCAGUGCUCAACUGCAGAUUCUCAACUUCAGGGCGGAUUCAUGACUUCGUGGAAUCGUGGCGUGGCCAUGGCCCGAACAGCCUUUGAUGGGAGGCGGGGCGGCGGAUAUGGAGGUUUGAGAAUUGUGCUGAGGCGCAGGUUGGAGGUCAUGGCCAUUGGCAUGGUUUUGCCUCGGGAAUAUAUCUUCAUGUCAUUUCCCAGCGUCUUGAACGAUUCCACAUGUUGGGAACUGAUGCCUUUAAAUGAUGAAGAAACUCCACAUCAUGCUGAGAAUCUUAAUGUGAUAUUCAAGCACUUUGAUAUCACGGGAAAAUGA